AUGUCUGCCAAAGCCACCAUCAACACCAGUACGGGUAGUCACUCCGUGGACCCGUACAAGUCGCAGAACUUUGAGGACACGCCACUGCCUCAGAAGGUGGAAGAUCUUGUGGACUUUAUUUCCCAGAUCAAAUUUGGCAUGUUGACGACGAGACAAUCUGAGGGCGAGUAUCUGACUUCACGAUGCAUGGCGCUUGCGGGGAAGGAGCACGGCGGCAUUGACCUCAUCUUCCAUACCAACCUCUUCUCUGGCAAAACUAUGGAUCUCACUGUCCACCCACAAGAAACCAACAUGUCUUUCUUGGAUCCCAUCACCGGCGCCUGGGCUUCGAUCUCCGGUACUGCUUCUGUUGUUGCCGACAAAGAAACUGUGCAGAAAUAUUACUCACCUACGCUGAAGGCGUGGCUUGGCGACAUGGGUGAUGGUGUCCAUGAUGGCGGACCGACGGAUCCGCGGAUCGGGGUGAUCAAGCUGGAAGCUAAGCUGGCCACACAUGUGGUUGCGAAAAAGGGCAUGGUUGGGCGAGCCAUCGAGACUGUCAAGGGGGCAGUCCAGGGCGAAGUGCCUUCCGUCAAUAGCAUUCGCGAGCUGAAUUUGGAGGAGCUAGCAGAAUGGCGCCGUACUCACCAGUAA